AUGCUCAAGCUCUCUCUCUCUCUCUCUCUCUCUCUCUCUCUCUCUCUCUCUCUCUCUCUCUCUCUCUCUCUCCUCUCUCUCUCUCUCUCAGAGUUUCCCGCAGAAGUCUUUCUUUCUUUCUUUCUUUCUUUCUUUCUUUCUUUCUUUCUUUCUUUCCUUUUUCAUUCAUUAAUUCUCAUAUUCUGCCGUUACCGUACGUGUGCUGAAGGCUGCUGCCCCCAUGAGUAUUGUGCCUAUCACCGGAUUUGCUACCCGAAAAUCCACUGCCACUUCGGCUGUCCAGACGGCACCUGUCAACACGGGGUGUGCUUGCCCGACCCUCCUUGCCAGAAACGCGCCUGCGGCAUGGGCAACAGCUGCAGCAUGAACUUCAAUCUAGGCUACAACACGUGCCAGUACAACCUCGACAUCGGCAGCACCCUGUGCGUCGACAGGUACGGCCAUGCCGUGACCAACGCACCUUGA